AUAGAGGAGGAGGAGGAGGGACAGAGGAGGAGGAGGAGGAGCAGCAGCAGCAAAAGCGUGGUUCCACUGCUCACUGUAUCCGGGUCACACGGAGCACCGAGCCCCCCGCUGCCCCCCGCCCCCGGGAGCGUCACCCCCCGCCGCAGCCCGCAGCUGAUGGGAUGGCGGACGGGAAGGAAAACGGUCUGGAGGAGCCAGAAGGAUCUGAGCUGCGCUGGGACCUGUCUGAGGUGGUCGUCCGCCAAGAGUCGAACCCAACGCCACAGCACGAGGGGGAGAGUCAACCAGAGGAAGCCACCGAAGGACCAAGAAACGGCGGCCCCGAACGCCCAUCACCGAGGAAGAGCAGGAGCCUGCAAGCACGCCGCGGGGGCCGUGCCGCGAAGAAACCCUAUAGCUGCAGCGAGAGCGGGGCCAGCCAUGAAGCCGUCUACACGUGUCUGGACUGCGGGAAGGUCUUCGGUCGGAAGUCCUUCCUCAUCCCCCACCAGCGCAUCCACACCGGUGAGAAGCCCUUCACCUGCCACGAGUGCGGGAAGGGUUUCCGCGUCGGGUCGGCUCUCAACAAGCAUCAGCGGAUCCAUACGGGCGAGAAACCCUACAAGUGCCCGGACUGCGGGCGGCGUUUCCGUCUCACCUCCACCCUCAGCGCCCAUCGGAAGAUCCACACCGGGGAGAAACCCUACGUCUGCCUUGUUUGCGGGAAGAGCUUUCGGUUGAGUACGUAUCUAAUAGCCCACGAAGCCACCCAUAGCAUGGACAACCCUUUUCGGUGCCCCGCGUGCGGGAAGAGCUUCAGCUUGAGGCGGUACCUGGCCAUUCAUCAGCGGAUCCAUACGGGAGAGAAGCCGUUCAAGUGCUCGGUGUGUGGGAAGGGCUUCAACCGGAGAUCGAUCCUUAUUGUUCACCAGCGGGUCCACACCGGGGAAAAACCCUACAAGUGCCCUGAAUGCGGGAAGAGCUUCAUCAUGAGUUCAGACCUCGUUGCCCAUCGGAGGAUCCACACUGGGGAGAAACCCUACAACUGUCUCAGCUGCGAUAAAAGCUUCCGGUUGAGCUCCCACCUUACGAGACACCAGCGAAGCCACACCGGGGAGAGGCCGUAUAAAUGUAUGGAUUGUGGGCAAAGCUACACGGACAGCUCCGGACUCAUCAAACACAAGAAGAUCCACAUGCAGAAGAAGCAGAGGAUGUCUCAGGGAGCCCACCCGGGGGAGGGACGAUAUAAAUGUCCCUACUGUAGCAAGAGCUUCCAUGCAAAGUCAGCCCUGGUCCUUCACCGGGCUACCCAUGUCGGGGUGCGACCCUAUAGAUGCUCCAAGUGCGAGAAGACCUUCAGCCACAGCGCAACCCUACUGAAACACCAACGAAUCCAUACGGGGGAGAGACCCUUCAAGUGUCCCGACUGUGAGAAGUGCUACAACGACGGCUCGACUCUUCGGAGACACCGGAGGAGCCACACCGAGGAGAAACCCUAUAAGUGUCCCAGCUGUGGGGAGUGUUUUGGUGCCAUUGCAGCUCUCCUGAAGCAUCAGCGGUUCCACAAUGAAGGGAGACCUUACAAUUGCUCCGACUGCGGGAAAAGUUUCCACUCUAAUUUUCUCCUCGUCACCCACCAGCGAAUCCACACGGGGGAAAAACCCUAUACCUGCCCCAUCUGCAAAAAAACCUUCCGCCAAGCCUCCCACUGCACGAGGCACCAGGAGAUUCACAGGAGGACCGAGGAAAGACCAACCAUCUGUGAGGAAUGUGGCCGGAGCUUCAGCCGGAGCUCGAACCUGGCGGUCCACCAGCGGUUGCACGCCGGUGAGAAGCCCUACAAGUGCUUGGAGUGCGGGAAGAGCUUCAGCCGGAGCUCCCAUCUCAUCACCCAUCAACGUCUGCACACCGGCGAGAAGCCCUACAAGUGCCCCGAGUGCGGGAAGAGCUUCAGCGACAGCUCCACCCUCAUCACCCACCAGCGCUUGCACACCGGCGAGAAGCCCUACAAGUGCCCCGACUGCGGGAAGGGCUUCAACCAGAGCUCCAACCUCACGUCCCACCAGCGCACCCACACCGGGGAAAGACCCUACAAGUGCCCCGAGUGUGGGAAGAGCUUCAGCGUCAGCUCCUACCUGAUCCGCCACCAGAAGAUCCACACCGGGGAGAGGCCCUAUAAGUGCGGGGAGUGCGAGAAGACGUUCAGCCAGAGCUCCAGCCUCAUCAUCCACCAGCGUGUCCACACCGGGGAGAAGCCCUACAGAUGCGUUGACUGUGGGAAGUGGUUUAGGAACAGCUCAGAUCUCAUCAGGCACCAGCGGACACACACGGGUGAGAGACCCUAUCGCUGCCCCGACUGCGGGAAGAGCUUCAACCGCAGCUCCAACCUGAUGACCCACCAACGCAUCCACACUGGGGAGAAGCCCUACGAGUGCCCCGAGUGCGGGAGGAGCUUCACCGUGAGUUCUGCCUUGAUUAAACACCAAAGGACCCACCGGGAAGGGAAGCCCUAUGAGUGUCCUGACUGCGGGAAGAGCUUUAUCCGCUGUUCCAACUUCAUUACCCAUCGGAGGACCCACGUUGGGUAGAGACCUGGUGACCCACGUUGGGUAGAGACCUGGUGACCCACGUUGGGUAGAGACCUGUCUGGUGGGCCCCACAUCUGCCUGCUUCCCCAGAGGGACCUGAAUGGAGGUGGGAGUGUCCAUUUGCUGAGAUGGGCUCAGCUGUGGGACGCAGGCCGGUUAGGACGAGUGGACUCUUUGGGUUUAGACUCCAAGAAGUCACAUCCGCUUGAUCCAGUAAUUUCUUCUGGUGGCAUCAAGCAACACCAUAUGGACCACGGGCUUCUUCCACAGCCAAAUGGUGGAUGGCGUUGGGCACAGACCGAGUUUUGAAGACACCACUUGGGACUCGGCUUCUUCAGGAAGGAAGAAAUGGGGUGGAAGCAGUCCCACAACCCUGUUGGGAUACACAAGGCUGAGUUCUUCCUCUUUUACAGGUUUGGGGUUGGUUUUUUUUUUUUUCCAUGGGAUGUUAUUUGGUGGCAUCGUGCAACCUCUGUCCUGCCCCUCUACAGUUUGUCUUGGAUGAAUAAACUCUUGAGUUGUCCAAAGGGCUUCAGAAGAGGCUCCUGCAACAUCUUAGGGAUGGAGAUGGGCACAGCCCAACUCCACAUUCUGCUCUUGCUGCCUUCGUGCUGCCAAAAAUAAACAAGAACUCCACUGCA